UGAGUCAUCAUUCAUUUCCUCUUUUAUUGGUAGAAGACUUUCCCAAGCUUAAUUUUAAGUCUUUAACUAACCACCUCCAUUGGCAUUUGGCAUAAGAAAAUAUAAAUACAGUACGAAGACAGUGGUACUUUGCAUCUGCAUUUUCUUGCCUCAUCCUUCUCCUUCCAGUCUUUCAUUUCCUUGCUGUAAGCUUGAGAGUUUUGUUUCUGUUAAUAAGGAGAGAACUUCCAUUAUCAAUGGAUAAAUCUGUAGAACAGCGUACUUUGGAAGAUACUUCAACUUGGGCUGUUGCGGUUAUUUGUUUUGUGUUGGUUGUUAUUUCAAUCUUCAUUGAACAUAUCAUUCACCUCACUGGAAAGUGGCUGGAAAAAAGACACAAGCCAGCUCUUGUUGAAGCUCUUGAAAAGAUUAAAGCAGAGCUUAUGCUGUUGGGAUUCAUAUCCCUACUUCUAACAAUAGGCCAAGAUGCUGUUACUCAAAUUUGCGUUUCCAAGGACCUUGCGGCAACUUGGCUUCCAUGUGCAAAAAAAAUAGAACCAGUUUCCAAGAAUAGCCGUCUAAAACUUCUUGAAUUUUUAGAUCCUGACUAUGGUUCAAGGCGUAUUUUAGCCUCAAAAGGAAAAGAUUACUGCACUGAUAGGGGCCAACUCGCCUUUGUGUCAGCAUAUGGAAUCCACCAGCUCCAUAUUUUCAUCUUUGUAUUGGCCGUCUUCCACGUCCUAUACUGCAUCCUCACUUUGGCUUUUGGUAGAACAAAGAUGAACAAAUGGAAGACCUGGGAGGAUGAGACAAAGACAAUUGAAUACCAGUACUAUAAUGAUCCAGCAAGGUUUAGAUUUGCAAGAGAUACGACGUUUGGACGCCGGCACUUGAGCCUUUGGAGUCGUASACCAAUUUCCCUCUGGAUAGUUUGUUUCUUCAGACAAUUCUUUGGAUCAGUUACCAAGGUUGAUUACAUGACACUGAGACAUGGAUUCAUCGUUGCACAUUUGGCCCCCGGAAGUGAAGUAAAAUUCGAUUUCCACAAAUACAUUAGCAGAUCUCUUGAAGAGGACUUCAAAGUGGUUGUGGGGAUUAGUCCAGUGAUGUGGCUAUUUGCUGUUCUGUUCAUUCUGACCAAUACACAUGGGUGGUAUUCAUACCUAUGGCUGCCUUUCAUCUCCUUAAUUAUAAUUCUAUUGGUGGGAACGAAGCUCCAUGUUAUCAUAACCCAGAUGGGAUUGACAAUUCAAGAAAGGGGCCAUGUCGUUAAGGGUGUUCCCGUUGUUCAACCCCGGGACGACCUCUUUUGGUUCGGACGUCCUCGUCUCAUUCUUUUUCUGAUUCACUUUGUUCUCUUUCAGAAUGCAUUUCAGCUUGCCUUCUUUGCUUGGACCACAUAUGCAUUUAACUUGAGAUCUUGCUUCCAUCAGAAAAUUGAGGAUAUUGCCAUCAGACUCUCGAUGGGGGUCAUUAUACAAGUUCUAUGCAGUUAUGUGACACUCCCACUCUAUGCUCUUGUGACUCAGAUGGGGUCCAACAUGAAACCGACCAUUUUCAACGAUCGGGUGGCAACGGCAUUGAAGAACUGGCACCACUCUGCCAAAAAGAACAUGAAGCACAACCGAAACCCAGAUGGUAGCUCACCAUUCUCAAGCAGGCCAACUACUCCAACUCAUGGCAUGUCUCCCGUUCACCUUCUGCACAAACAGCAGCACAGCAGCACAUCUCCCAGGCUAUCCGACGCUGAACAUGAUCGCUGGGACAUCGAAGAGCUACCUCCUUCUUCACACCAUAGUAGUAKAGCCCAUGAUCUUCAAGAACAUGAACAUUCCAAUACAAAUAGAGAACAGGAGAUGACAGCUCAACGACCAAGUUCAGCAGAUCCUGGCACCGCAACACGUCCUGCUCGCUCUCAACAUGAAAUCAGUAGGAGUCCCUCCGACUUCUCAUUUGCCAAAUGAUUUAGCCAUGGGAGAUGGAAUCAGCCACACCAAAUGGUAUUCUUGAACGUUCUUCGUGUACAGGGCAGCAGAUACUACAUCUGUAUAAUCUUUAUACACUUGAGGACAAUAGUAUAGCCUUUGCAAUUUCAACUAGCUUCUUUUAUUGUGCUUCAUAUAGGGAGAAAUGAACCAACUACUUUUCCCAAAUUUUCUGGGUAUUAAUUCUCAAGAAAGUUAAUUCUUUUCCCUCUUA